ACAGAAGCAAAGACAAACUGACUAAUGGCAGACUUUGCUGUCAGAUUUUUUUUCUUUCAGAUCCUUUAUAGAAAUCCACCCCCCUGCUAAUGUAGAUCGGGUAGAAAUCCUGGAUCCCCGCUGGGAAGCCAGCAUUACGCAUGAAGCCUCAGCCGAGCACCAUGAAGGUAACCUUUGGCGCUCUGGUCAUCACUGCUGGUGUCUGCGGGAUUCUCAGCUUCGCCUUUUUGGCCACUUCUCUGGGAACCGACCACUGGUACAUCAUAGAGAUGAACCCAAAUAAUAUGACUGACUUUGAUGAUCUCAGCUCUCAUUCAGGAUUGUGGCGCAUCAACGAAGGCGGGACAACACAAGAUGACUCCAUUGAUUCAUUUUCUGCCGAUUCCUCCAAAUACAACGAGACAGAGCUGCGCAUGCUGAGCAUGCAUGGUGCCAUAGUAGUGAUGCUGCCUCUCAGCCUGGUCCUGCUGCUGGUUGGAGGCAUCUGCGGCCUGGUCAGCUCUCUGGCCCGGAGCCCAGUCCUGCUCACCGGCACAGCCUUUUACUUCUUUGUCUGCAGUCUGCUGACUCUGUGUGGUGCAAGUCUCUACAUCAUUUACUCGUACCAAGCCCUGGCAGAGACAGAGAGUCUGAUUGGACCUGAUGGUCUAGCCUCCAUCCACACCUCCUUCGGCUGGUCUUUAGGUCUGGCCUGGCUCUCCUACGGCUUGGAGCUCCUCACUGGAACUUUACUCCUCAUCGCUGCACAAAUGGCCAAGCUGCGGCAGAGAGGUCCCACUAAGGCCUGACACAUCUCUCCAUAUGGAUUUCAGUUGUGAAAGAAAUCAUUUUAAGCCAGAGUUAACUCAAAAGAAAAGCAAAGGUGUGGUAAGCUGGUGCACAAUGCACCCGUAGUGUUUUACAAGAAGAAAAAAGUGAAUGGCCUGUGAUCGAUUGUGCCCACUUGUGAUAUGUGUGUGUCAAUCAUGGUGUUUCAUUUGUGGCAAACAAGCCUACGUAUUUAAUGUAAGAUAUAGAAAGUUGUUCACUUUAAUAUCAUAUUUCACACAAACUUCAGUUUUUAUCAUUGUAUAACUCAUAUUUUUUGCUUUUAAUAUAACAAAGAAAACUGUUUAAUGUUGUCAUACCAUGACACGGUACAAAAUUAAUAAAAUUAUUCUGAAUGUU